UGUGUUCUUGCUUUUCAUUAUCGGAAGACUGUGGCAUUGAUCUGAACGUACGACAACGCAGCCCAGUAUCGCCAACAUGGCUCAACAAAUGCAACCAAUCUACCAGGGACAACGACCACCAUACAACGAUUCCAUACUCACAAUCACAAAGAGAAGCUGUGCUGAUCCGUAUGUACUAUGGGACAAGGGCACUUACUACAUGACCUUUACAUGUGGCGGGCACGUUGAGAUUUGGUCUGCGGAUUCCCUGUUCGAUUUCGAAGAGCGGUCCAAAAAGACCGUCGUAUGGAGGCCACCGCCCAACCAGCCCUACUCGGCCGAUAUCUGGGCGCCAGAACUGCAUUCCAUCCAAGGCCGCUGGUACGUCUACUUUGCCGCCGACGACCCAAAGCACGGCAACAAGUCUCACCGCAUGUUCGUUCUUGCGGGCCCACCAUCCGACGAAGACCCCCUCGAGCCCAGCAAGUGGAAUUUUUUCGGCCGUCUAGGAGGUCUGCCGGAGCACCAGUGGGCCAUUGACGGCACAGUCAUCUACCUGCACGGCUCCAUGCUCUUCGUCUACUCAGGCUGGCCCCUCGGCACCGAAGCCGACGAGUCGCGCCAGGAAAUCUUCAUCAUCGAAAUGGUCUCCCCCACCGAAUGCACCGGCCACCCCGUCCGCAUCAGCACCCCGGACCUGCCGUUUGAAUUCUCAGGCAACAGCGGUAUCAACGAGGGUCCGCAGUUCCUGUCCUCGCCAGACGGGCGCUGGAUGGGCAUCGUGUAUAGUUGCGCGGGCAGCUGGACGCACGAGUACAAGAUGAACAUCUUGUACUACACCGGUGGUCACCCGCUCGAUCAGCACUCCUGGGCUAAAUCAAACGUCCCGCUGCUCAAAGCCGCCCGCGACGACUCGCCCCCGUAUGGACCUGGUCACGGCAACUUUGUCAUGGUAAAUGGACCCGGUGGGCCAGAGGUCUGGGGCGUCUUCCACGCUACGGACGCGAAGACGGGGUGGGAAGGACGGAAAGCGCGGGUUAUGCGUGUGGGGUGGGGGAAUGGGGGCCCAUUUAUGGGGUCAGGAGAGUGCGGGAGGUGUUGUAGUGAGAUUCAGCACUUUAUCCAGGGAUGUCCCGGGGGCGAGUGUGGUGGUCAGGGUCAUUGUGGGGGCGAGGGGGGCGCCGGUGGUGGGUAUAUGGAGCCAGGGAAGCAGGGAGCAGGACAUUCCAAGGAGGAUUUGAAGAGGGAGGUGAAGAAUCUGGUUAAGGAGGGGAAGGGGUUGAUUAGUAAGUUUUUGAAGUGAGGGACUUGGAUUGGGGUUGGGGUGGGAAGAGGGAGUUGAAAGGGUGACUCGAUGGUUACCCCCUGUGUUAGAGAAUUGGCCUGGCACGAAGACAUGUUCUCGGUUUAGAGUUUAGCAGAUCGGGAUUCGUAUAAAGUAGAUUUCCUCCCC